UUGCACCAGCAGCUAUCUGAAACAUUUUGAGCACACAGGCUUACGCUCAGGGUUAGCACGUCUCUCUCACUAAUAAUGCUCCUCACAAACGGGCUUAACCAAUGGAACACCUGCAGAAAAGUUUAAACUGCCACCGACAGACACAAUCGCCUGCUGGGAAUGGGAUUAUCGGCCAGGUAACCCAGAAAGAACAAAGACACCUGAAGGUCGUCCCUGCAGUCUUUUGCGAGUGCUUCGGAGAGAGCUGCACACAGUGGAAUAGCUGGGAGAAUGUUUCUGUGGGCUGGAAGCAAAGGAGCUCAAGGAUCUGGAAGUGAGAGAAGCAGGACCAUUUAUCAGAAGAUUCGUGGGUAUGAUAUUUUGGAGAAGAGGAGGACGGUCACAGCGCUGAAGGCUGGAGAGGACAGAGCCAUUCUCUUAGGCCUCAGCAUGAUCCUUUGCUCUGCCAUGAUGUACUUUGUGUUGGGCAUCACAAUGGUGCGCUCUUACUCAGACAGCGUUUGGACAGAGGAGUCAAACUGCACAGUACUGAACUCCGGUAUAGAUGCUGAGAUUAACUGCAGCUACAGUUGCGGCUCAGAGUGCCGGAAGAGCUCCAGGUAUCCCUGUCUUCAGGUAUACGUCAGUCUGAACUCCACCGGGAAAGUUCUGCGACUGUCAUACAACGAGGAGGCCUAUGAGGCCAACCCUGAGUGUUUUUACAUCCCAAAGUGCCGCAAGAAUCACACGCUGAUGCACACUAUUGUGAUGAACAUCUCCGAGCGACUGAAGACGCACACACAGGUUUUGUGUUACUACGACCCCUCAGAGCAGCAGGACAGCGUCCUCCUGACACGUCUCUAUGGCCGCGGGGCCAUCAUUAGCUCCCUCCUCUGGCCCACGUGCACGCUGGUGGGGGGCACGCUCAUCAUCGGAAUGGUCAAGCUCACUCAGUACCUGUCCUUCUUGUGCGAGCAGAUCGGCCGCAUUAAAAGGAUGGGGCUCUACCCCCUAACGAGAGCUUCUCACAACAAGGUCUGCACUCGGAAGUAUAAUGGCGGGAUCCAGGAUGGGGUUUGAAAGUGAAUGGAGAAAGCAAUGUGCGAAUUCGUCAAUGGACCUGUUUUCUACCAUUCUGUAUGCAGCAACAGUGUUUUCGCUUUCAUGUGCUCUUCCUCUGAUGCUCCAUCCGCCUUGUUGUCCUUUCCUGGUUGUGUUGACAAGGCUCAAGUAAUGUUGUGAAUGAGAACUUCCUGUAACAUUGAGAGAUCAAUAGAGCCUCUAGUGGUCGUAGUUGGAUCUUCCUACAAUCAGACUGGGUCAAGUCCAAUCCUGAUGCUCAAGGGUCAAAAUACACAGUCAUGUUGUGGGGUCUCGAUUACACUUUCUGACCACCGGAUCGCAGAGACUCCAUUCCAAGAUGCUACUGUGUAGUGAAUGAUAUGUCUCAACCAUCUGACACUUAUGUAAUUACAGAAAUUAAAAGUAGUAUACACUACUUCCUUCA